AUUGUACUGUGUCUAACCUGCCAUAGCAAACAGCAUGGACGUAUAUGUUGGAGCAAGACGUAUUUUACAGACUGUUUUAAGCAAAAAGGCAUCAAUUAAGACUCAAGUUUAUUCGUCUUUGAUACAGAACAAGAAAGCGCUGUAUGCAGUUGUCUGUGAAGUGUUGAAGAAUGUCACCAUAUUGAAGCAUAUUGCUGGCACGUGUGAGGGUUUCCUGCGAGACAAGCAACUUAAACAUGACGUACACUUGGCCUUGGUGCUGCUGUAUGAACACAUGUUUGGUAGGGGAGUGCGAGGCAGAUUCAAGGUGAUUAUGGCGAGACACACGACAGGUCUUCAUGCAGCAUGUGAAAGACUGAAGAUAGAAGCAGGAGUUAGUGAUUUCAAACAGCUCUUAACAAACACACAACCUGAAGGCAAUGCACAUACUCUUUACCCAAGUAUGUCUGUAUCAAUACAUUGAAAAGUGACCUUACAACUGUGAAGAAAGCCUUUGAUGCCAAGUACAAGUUCCAGUGUAUGGACCUUCAAGAUUUCAGGCCAGCUGUUUUCCUGCCCAUGUGCUAUCCCCACCCCCUGGCUCCAUGGUGAUAGACUGCUGUGCUGCCCCGGGCAACAAAACCACACACCUGGCAGCCAUUCUAAACAACAAAGGAUCGGUGAGGCACGAGCCCUUUACAACCUUGGCAACGUGUAUCAUGCAAAGGGGAAGCACACCGGGCGAUCAGGGAAUCAGGACCCCGGGGAAUUCCCUGCAGAGGUCAAGGAGUGUCUGGUCAAAGCUGCUGAAUACUAUGAGGCCAAUCUAGCGAUAGUCCAGGAGCUGGGUGACAGGGCAGCUCAAGGUCGCGCCUGUGGUAACCUUGGCAACACACACUAUCUCCUGGGAAACUUCAGUCAGGCAAUCAUCUACCAUCAGGAGAGGUUAGCAAUAGCCCGUGAGUUUGGUGACAAGGCUGCCGAGAGACGGGCCUACAGUAACCUAGGCAACGCCCACAUAUUCCUGGGAGAGUUUGAAGUAGCUGCUGAACACUAUAGGAAAACUUUACAAAUUGCCAAACAGCUGGGUGACAAGGCGCUGGAGGCCCAGGCAUGUUACAGCCUCGGGAACACAUACACGCUCCUGAAGGACUACGAGCGGGCGAUAGAAUUCCACAUGAAGCACCUCAAGAUCGCCCAGGAGCUUGAAGACCGGGUCGGGGAGGGUCGGGCGUGUUGGAGCCUCGGGAACGCCCACACGGCCCUUGGGCAUAACGAGGAGGCUCUCCAGUAUGCCAGCAAGCAUCUCGAGAUCUCUAAAGAGAUUGGAGAUGAGACAGGUCAGGUGACUGCCCAGAUGAACCUUGCUGACCUCAAGUCAGUGCUGGGCAUCAAAGUGGGGCCAGACGAAGGUCACAGGCCCAGCCCCUUGGACCAUCUGGAUGUUGGAAUGUACCGACGUACCGGCGUCUCCCGGCGACACAGCAUGGAACAGAUGGAGUUGAUGAAGCUCACGCCGGACAAGAAAGGAGAGACAAUCCCAGUACAUGGCGGGGCAAGACCUAAUAUACCAAAGGUGCAGAAAUCCAUGACAGUGGCCACAUCAGAGACAAUCAUAGCCAAGAAUCAGGCCCCUAUGGUUGAGACACUGUCCCCAGAAGAUGAUGGUUUCUUUGAUCUGCUGAGCAAGUUCCAAGGUCGCCGUAUCGACGAGCAGCGGUGCAGCCUCAAGUUGCCUGGGGAGAAAAAUGGACUCCUGGAGUCAGAAAACAAGGAGAACAAACCCAAACUGGUGUCAACCCCAGACAGCGAGAACUUUCUGGACAUGGUGGCAGGCAUUCAGGGGUCACGCAUGAACGACCAGCGAGCCUCACUACCGCAGUUUCCAGGUCUCAACUCCCAAGCCGUUAUCAACCAAUACCUCCGCGAGAGAAACGUUAACGACGUACCAGACGACAGCUUCUUUGAAAUGCUCAUGCGUUGUCAGCGUUCCCGGAUUGAUGAUCAACGCAGUGCCCUACCACACAACCGCCCCGCCCCAACCGUCCCAGACGAAGAUUUCUUUGGGCUGAUCCAGAAGGUCCAGUCUAGCCGUUUGGAGGAGCAGAGAACCAGUCUACCCGAUAAGGAUGAAAUCUCGCCUCCCCAACAGGCCUCCGUGAAGAAGAAAAAGAAAUAAUGACUAGUCUCGUUUGAGUCCCAUAUGAGCGAGCAAGGAAUCAGGGGAUUAGGCUUGAAACUGUAUCAGCUUUUUAGAUGUUUUUAGAUGAAAUACUUGCGCUGAACCCUUGGAAUAUAAACUGCGUAUUUAGAUGAGAUAGUCUUGCGCUGAACCCUUGGAAUAUAAACUGCGUAUUUAGAUGAGAUAGUCUUGCGCUGAACCCUUGGAAUAUAAACUGCGUAUUAAGAUGAGAUAGUCUUGCGCUGAACCCUUGCAAUAUAAACUGCGUAUUUAGAUGAGAUAG